GCGCCAAACUGAAGCUGCUCUGGAUGAUGGCAAAGCAAAACUUCCCAAAAACUCACUCAGUCGUCUCUGAGUGCAUGAACUGUUGACAGCUCUGCUUGUUUCUGCUGCUGGAACUAUCAAAUGCAUCAAAUCCUACACUCUGGAAGAUUUUUACUGGGAAACACCCACCAGACGGCCUGGCGCAAGUGUUGCUCGAGUUUUUCCAAGAUGAUGCAGGCAGUGUGUGUUGACGUACCAGGAGGACCAGAGAAUUUGCUGCUGCGGACGAUCCCCAGACCUCAACCUAAAGAUGGAGAAGUCCUGAUUAAAGUUCAUGCAACUGCCCUCAACAGGGCAGAUUUAUUACAGCGACGAGGACUGUACCCACCUCCCCCAGGUGAGACUGAUAUCAUAGGCCUGGAGGUUGCUGGGACUGUAGAUAGUCUGGGUCCUCGGUUGAAAAGAGGCUGGAAGCCAGAUGACCGGGUCAUGGCCUUGCUCAGUGGAGGAGGAUAUGCAGAAUAUGUUUCAGUGCCUGAAGAGCUUCUCAUGCUGGUUCCCACUAAUCUCACACUGUGCCAGGCUGCUGCGAUCCCAGAGGCCUGGCUCACUGCUUUUCAGCUGCUGGCUCUCAUAGCUCAGGUGAAGGAAGGUGAGGUGGUGCUGGUUCAUGCUGGUGCCAGCGGAGUCGGAACAGCUGCUGUUCAGCUGGUUCGUCUGUUUGGUGCCGUGCCCAUCGUUACUGCGGGGAGCCCAGAGAAGCUAAAGAUGGCUGAGGAACUGGGAGCCGCAGCUGGGUUUAACUACAAAGAGGAAAGCUUCGCACAGGGAGUUCAUGACUUUACAGGAGGUAAGGGAGCAGACGUCAUCCUUGACUGCAUUGGUGGAUGUAACUGGGAGCAAAAUGUGAACUGCUUAGCCACUGAUGGCAGGUGGGUGCUGUACGGCACCAUGGGUGGCAGGGCAGUAGAGGGAGAUCUUCUGGGCAAACUGCUCUCCAAGCGCGGACACUUGCUCAGCAGCCUCCUCCGCUCCCGCAGCCUUCAGUACAAAGCCGACCUGGUCAGCGCGUUUUCAGGCAGAGCUUUACCGCAUUUCUCAGACCAGGCAGUUUCCUUGAGGCCAGUGAUUGACAGCACAUUCAACCUGGAGGACAUCGCUGAGGCUCAUAGGCACAUGGAGGCCAAUAAGAACACGGGGAAGAUUAUCAUCAAUGUGAUUCCACAGAAACAGGAAACUCAGUGAUAAACAGCUGCAGUGACAUUAACAGAAUCUUACAAGACAGUGUUAUUGAAAAACAAUUGUUGAUCAUGAUUUUAAAUGUGCAUCAUGCACCAACAGUGCGAAGGUGCUAUCUUUGCAGUUAUGCAUUUUUUGUGCAGUAUUUGUGCAGUUUCUUCUGUGGUGCCAUUAUAGCGACAACUGAUUCAGGAUGACCCAUUUCUAAAUGUUUAUAACUGGUAUUGCUUUCAUGCUGGAGAUAGAGAAAGGCCUCCUGCCACAGCAGAUCUACACACAGAGUAAUGUGGUUAGUACAGACUGAGUAUGAUGGCCAAACCUUUGCACCACCACAGUUACU